AUGCUGACGCGAGCGACUACUGUUAUGGGAGGCGUGCUUGGCCAGCGGAAGGAAAAGAGAUUGAAUGCAAUCUACUAUGCAAGCAAAGCGUUAGAUGAAGCCCAAGUCAACUAUGCCACAACAGAAAAAGAACUCCGGCGGUUGUGUUUGCUUUUGACAAAUUUCGGCAAAAAGGAUGCAAAGCCAAGGCUAAUUAGGUGGAUUCUCCUCCUUCAAGAAUUCGAUCUUGAGAUUCGUGAUAAGAAAGGUGCAGAAAAUGUGGUAGCCGACCACCUCUCAAGAUUGCAUCAAGUUGUGGAAAAGAAUGGAGAGAAUGAGCUGGCUAUUAACGAUGCAUUUCCGAUGAGCAGAUUCUUGAGGAUCUCCACAAUUGACACUCCAUGUGGAAAUCUUUGGCGUUUGGGGAAUAGAUUACAUGGGGCCGUUUCCAUCUUCAUGCAACAACGGAUAUAUUCUUGUGGUACGUGGAUUACGUUUCCAAAUGGGUUGAAAGCUGUUCCAUCCCCAACAAAGCGAUGCCGGACUGUAAUUAAGCUCUUCAAACGGGUAAUUUUUCCAAGAUUCGGAGUUGCUAGAGCUGUCAUAAGUGAUGGAGGAUCACACUUCAUAGAAAGACAAUUUGAAAGCCUCCUUAGAAAAUAUGGGGUAACACAUAAGAUCGCCACACCGUACCACCCUCAAACAAGUGGGCAGGCUGAAAUUUCAAAUAGGGAGAUCAAAAACAUACUUGAGAAAACGGUUUCAACAACAAGAAAGGAUUGGUCACUGAAACUUGAUGAUGCCUUAUGGGCAUAUAGAACAGCUUACAAGACCCCAAUUGGCAUGACACCAUUUCGUUUAAUUUAUGGCAAGGCUUGUCAUUUUGCGACAGCAGGAGAUAAGAGGAAGCUUCAAUUACAAGAGCUGGAAGAAUUGAGAUUGGAUGCCUAUGAAAAUUCGAAAGAUGUACAAGGAAAGAACCAAGUUCAGAGUUGUCCCAGAGCUCUUUUCAGCUCAUUUGAUGUUCAAAUGUCUGAGAUCUAG